CAAUCAGUCUCAGGAGAACCCAGGAAGGCAGAUAACUGGACACAGGAUCUCCAGGAGCAGGCUGGGAAUCAGUUAUUGGCCAGUUUAGCUGGACAUCAGGGGCUGGCAAAUCAGGCUGGGCAGCGGGCACAGCAGGCUGGGCAGCGGGCAUGUCAGGCUGGGCAGCGGGCACCGAGUCAACUGGCAGAACAGCGGGCACCGGGUCACCAAGCUCGACAGCGGGCACUGGGUCACCAAGCUCGACAGCGGGCACCGAGUCAUCUGGCACGACAGCGGGCACCAAGUCAUCUGGCACGACAGCGGGCACCGAGUCAUCAAGCUCGACAGCGGUGCACCGAGUCACCAAGCUCGACAGCGGGCACCGAGUCAUCUGGCUGGAUCGGGCAUCCGGGCAUCAGGCUGAUCAGCGGGCACCGGGGCACCAGGCUGGAUAACAGAAGGCGGGUUCUCAGACCGCAGGCUGACCGGUUUGGAUACUGGCAG